GCCUAGCUUUGCGUGACCGCGGCAGGUUGGUCCUUGGAGCAGAUGAGCGCAGAAUAUUUAGGCGAAAGCGCGAGGAGGGGGGGCGCGCGGGGCAGAAGGAGUACCUCGGCCAAGAAAAUUAUGCAUGCGUUAGGGAAGCUCUGAGAGAAUGGCUGUGGAAGCUCUCCACUGCGGUUUCAAUCCCCGGGGUAUUGAUCACCCUGCCCGUGCUGAAGGCAUUAAAUUGCAAAUUGAAGGUGAAGGUGUCGAAUCUCAAUCCAUUAAAAACAAAAGCUUCCAGAAGGUGCUUGACCAGAAAGGAACCCCCAAGCGACUGCAGGCAGAAGCAGAGACCGCUAAGUCAGCUGCAGUGAAACUGUCAAAACCAGUGGCUCUGUGGACUCAGCAGGAUGUCUGUAAGUGGCUGAAGAAACACUGUCCGAAUCAGUAUCAGAUCUACAGUGAGUCAUUCAAACAGCAUGACAUAACUGGGCGAGCCCUGCUGAGACUUACUGACAAAAAGCUUGAGCGAAUGGGGAUUGCUCAGGACAACCUCCGGCAGCACAUUUUGCAACAGGUGCUGCAGCUGAAGGUGCGGGAAGAAGUCCGAAACCUACAGUUACUCACACAAGUCUCAACCGAGGGUUCUCCAUAACUGUGGUUAGCCUUCCAAGCUGCUGUCCUGCCAGUUGAUACGAACAUGGCCUGUUCCUCACAGAAAGACUAACUCAUGGCACUGCCAGAAGAGAUCCUUGGAGCAUUGCCAGAUGAACCAGAUUAACUGGGGGAAAAAAAAAACAACACACCCAUUCAGUCAAGAUUAUGGGCUUUGGAACAAUGUUAGUUUGCUGUGGAUUUUAAAAUGGGGUGCAUAAUCUACAGUGCCAACUCAUUCCAAGUGGUCAUUGGCAGACCAUUAGCUGGAGAAUUCCUUCCAGUUUUCAUCACUGUGCAUAACUCAAGCUCCCUUGGCGGGGCUGUCUGUACUCUUCACUAGAAGGCCUGCUUUAGCAUGGCAACUACUGGGUCCUUUUAUUAUGUGUGCAGAUGGCAUGAUGUGUUAGAAAAAAAAUCACAGCAGUUCCGCAAUCUCAUUGGAAGUGUUCACCAUAGUAUGCCCUGGUAGGAAUGUCAACAUGUCUCACUUAUGUUAGUGAUGACACCUAAAGGUGUUCUGUCCAACUCUUAAGCACUUUAUAGGAGAACGCAACGCCGGACCGAAGCAGCAUGUUCAGUACCCGUGAGAAAACAAGUGUUUCCUUUUUUCUUUAUAAAUCUUGUCCUAUUUCUGGCUCAGACUGUCCAAGGCAAACUCCCCUUCUAGCAUAGCCCCAGUUGUGUGUGGUAGAUUGGUGUAAAUAUGGCCAACAAACUGUUAGAUUUUACCUCUUGACACUUUACCGAACUGGAUUCCUUGUAGCACCAAAGGGACGUAGAAGUGGACCUGCUGAUUGUAAUAUAUUACCUCUUGGUUCUGCACACCUAGGCACAACUUACCACAUGCACAUAGAAAUACUCAAACAUGGGAGGCUUCUGUUUGGCCAAUGUGUAUAUCCUUUCAGUCUACGGAAGAGUUCUUUCAAAGAAAAACAGGUCUUUUCCUCAAAGACCAUGGCGGGUUGAUGGUAAAGGCAGCAGAAUGCAGUUUUCCUGUGUGAUCUGAUUUUAAGACUUUGGAAGACUUUCUAGGUCAAGUUUAAAUCACAGUUCUCUGGAGUGAAACAAAUAAGUGACAAUGCAUGCCUAGAGAAGCAAAAGGGUCCAAUCUGACACUGGGUUCCUUCCUCAAUACAGGAUCUACUAGUCCCUUUAAUCCUUUCUGGGAUUAUACCCACAACAAAUUUUAUUUUACUAUGUUUUACAACAAAGCACAGCCCUGGGAAACAGGUCAAUCCAUUUAUCACUUCUCUUGAAGCAUUAGAGAAAUGUCCAUAUUGACUGACCCUACAUAAUGCUCUAGCCCUUUUUUUUCUGAAAAUAUAAAGUUGACUGAAUCAAAAACUCAGCAAAGUAUGUUCUGUGUGUGUGUGUGCCCGCGAUCCCAGCCUGGGACUAACAGGCAUCAGAGACUUUUAUACACACACACACACACACACACACACACACACACACACACACACGGUGCCACAAAAAAUGUAUACGCAUUUUAAGAAAGGAAAACUGUAUUAAAAUUGUAAUACU